AAAUAGAAAGGGUAGAUGAAAACUCUCAAAACCUACUUGCCCGCGAACACAUACAGAAACAACAUAUACGGUGGCGCACAAAACACAGAAUCCAGCAAAGUGUAAGCGCCGAGCCGAAGCGGGGCUGCGAUGCUGGGAACUACUGUCCGUGCAGUUUACAGACUCUCCUCUUCCGCGCCCUCCUCCUCCGUCCACCGCCGCCUGCUCCGCCGCUCGAUUUCCUCCGGCGUUUGUGGUUGUGGUUGCGUUCCUCACUCCCUCACAGCCACUAACAAAACCCUUCUCACUCUUUGUUCUUUUUCUUCCACUCUUCUCUCACCAAAUAGUUCCCUAAACAAUGCCUCCUCCUCCUCCUCCUCCUCCUCCUCCUCCUCAUUCUUCUCCACCUCCUCCGUAGCCCAAAGCGCCUCCACCGUCUCCACCGCCACCUCCGUCGCUGAAGACGAAGAUUAUGCUGAAGAUUCGGGUGAGCCGUCGCGUGCUCGAUAUGGAAGAUCGGUUGAUGCCUAUUUGGCGAUAGAGCUGGCUCUCGAUUCUGUUGUGAAGAUUUUCACCGUGUCAAGUAGCCCUAAUUACAAUCUUCCAUGGCAGAACAAGUCUCAACGAGAAACUAUGGGUUCCGGAUUUGUUAUCCCUGGGAAGAGGAUCCUUACAAAUGCUCAUGUGGUGGCUGAUCAUACAUUUGUACUUGUAAGAAAGCAUGGUUCUCCAACCAAGUAUAGAGCAGAAAUUCAAGCUAUUGGUCAUGAGUGUGACUUGGCUAUUCUGGAUGUUAAAAGUGAAGAAUUUUGGGAGGGUAUGACCUUCUUGGAGCUUGGUGAUAUUCCAUUUCUCCAAGAGGCUGUUGCUGUUGUUGGGUAUCCUCAAGGUGGGGACAACAUUUCGGUUACAAAGGGAGUUGUCUCCAGAGUUGAACCCACACAGUAUGUACAUGGUGCUACCCAGCUCAUGGCAAUACAAAUUGAUGCAGCUAUAAAUCCAGGGAAUAGUGGAGGGCCAGCAAUUAUGGGCAACAAAGUUGCUGGGGUAGCUUUUCAGAACCUUUCAGGUGCAGAAAAUAUCGGUUACAUAAUCCCUGUUCCUGUUAUAAAACAUUUUAUAACUGGUGUGGAGGAAAGUGGAAAAUAUGUUGGAUUCUGCUCUUUGGGUUUGUCGUGCCAGCCUACUGAAAAUGUUCAACUUAGAGAACACUUUAGAAUGUCUCCUGACAUGACUGGGGUACUUGUGAGCAAAAUUAACCCACUUUCUGAUGCACAUAGAGUCCUGAAAAAAGAUGAUAUUGUCCUUGCUUUUGAUGGUGUGCCGAUAGCAAAUGAUGGGACUGUUCAUUUUCGGAAUAGAGAGCGGAUAACUUUUGAUCAUUUGGUCUCCAUGAAGAAACCCGAUGAAACGGCCAAAAUUAGAGUAUUAAGGAAUGGUGAAGAGCAUGAGUUCAGUGUAACUCUUCGUCCAUUGAAGGCGCUAGUUCCAGUUCAUCAAUUCGAUAAGCUUCCUUCUUAUUACAUAUUUGCCGGUCUGGUCUUUAUUCCAUUGACCCAGCCAUACCUUCAUGAGUAUGGAGAAGACUGGUAUAAUACUUCACCCCGUCGAUUGUGUGAACGAGCACUGAGGGAACUGCCUAAAAAGGCUGGUGAACAACUUGUCAUUCUGUCUCAGGUUUUGAUGGAUGACAUCAAUGCGGGGUAUGAGCGUCUUGCCGAACUACAGGUAAAGAAAGUUAACGGGGUAGAAGUUGAGAAUUUGAAACAUUUAUGCCAGCUUGUGGAUAACUGUAGCGAGGAGAGCUUAAGGUUUGAUUUGGACGAAGAAAGGGUCAUUGUUUUGAACUAUGGUUCAGCAAAAAUAGCCACUUCUCGAAUAUUGACGCGUCAUAGAAUACCUUCUGCCAAGUCUGGCGACCUUGUUGAUGAAUAAAAAGAAGAGAAUUUUGUUUGCUUAAAGCUGAGUCAUCCUCUUCUUCUUAAAAUUUUGAUUCGGUGAAUUUAUUAGUUUUAUUUAUUUAUUUCUUUCUGGGAUAUUAUUAUGAUCAUAUGUCAUUCUUAAGAACAAUAUUGGUGGACUCGAGGCCUCCACCUUAGGGAUAGAAAAUUUAUGCAGGAUACCAAAGGCCAUUGAUUGUUGUACAUUUUUAUUCUAUUACUGUAUUGAAACUGGCAUCAAUUUCAAAAUUAACAAAAUCUUGAUUUAUAGCUA